GCGAUUUCGAAACGCGGUUGUGAAAACGUUUAGAUUGAGUCCUUUGAGCCACUGUCAUCAUGUGAUCGGAACAGAAAAAACAACUACACACAACCAUUUUACAUUGAAAACAAAGGUGUAGUGUGAGUGACUAUGGCCCAGGCCCAUCGUCCCGACAGGAUUGCUGUUCUGUCUCCCUUGGAGGAGUCUAGUGCGGAGGUCAGCAGAGAUAGCGGCAUCGUUUCUCUGAGCGCCAGCAGCUUGUCCAUGGUCAGCGAGGCCCUCAGCAGCGGGACUGUCUCUCAAAGCCCCAGCUUCGGCGCUGCGGUGUCUCAGAGUCCAAGCUUCAAUUCCGGGGAGCCAGUGCUAGAGUGCGUGGACGAGGAGAUCCUGAGACACACCGCUCAAAGUUACUCUACGUACAUCAGAGCGAACGCAAGCGAUGAGAUCCUUAAUUUAGAGAAGAGUUUGGAGGAAAUGCUCACAAGAGUAGAUGAAUUUGUGGGAAUGCUUGACAUGAUCCGCAAUGAUACCUCACAAAUUGUCAACGAGAAUCUACCUCAAAUCCACAGAAAAUCAGAAGAGAUGAGACAAAUCUACAGUAAGAUUGACAAGCUGGAAGCUUUUGUGAAGAUGGUCGGUGCUAAUGUGAAUGCAAUGGAGGAUCAGGUAACACAGGCUGAAGGUGAAGUUGGGACCUUACCAGGAGCCUUUAAGAAAAUAUUCCGGACAAUGAGUGUUCCAGGAUUCUUAAAUAAACCAUCCAGCCCCAGAAGACCCCAGAAUCACAGCCAAGAGCUCCCUGCUGUGUUCCGCACUGAUGACUACUUCCCCCCUCAUACAGAUUACUCAGGGGGAGUGUAGACCGCUCACCUGUCUCUAAUGAUCAUCUGUAAUGGCUGGAGGGCUAUAGAGAGGAGUACUUCAGCACAUAGCAACUGCUGUGGAAAGACCCUGUGGUGCUCCAGCCUCAAGAGCAAUAUGGACCCAGGCACAAGGUGUAUCUGGAUUUUUAUAUUUUGUGUCAGUUCAUUUACAACUUUGUAGCCAGAUUGUUUGUUUGUUUGUCUUUUUUUGUUUGUUUGUUUGUUUUUAAGAUGGAUGUCCAAGUGCCUCUUUCUGUUAAAUUAUCCUGUGUGUCUGCCAGGGGGGUUGGAGUUGAAAUGUCUGACAUAAUGGAUACUGCAUACAAACUGCUGUUAAUAGAUUUAUACAAUAAUAGUAUUGCAUAUUGUACUUCCAUUUUCUUGCAUUAAGGAGAUUUGAUGUCUUAACUUAUACAUUUGUUGUUAAAUUUGCUAUGCAGUCACAAAUGACCAAAUGCUACUGAGUAUAUUUCUGUUCAUUUUUGAAUAUGGACAACAUGACCUAACAUAUUCUGUUUAUACCUCUAUUUGCCAGUUGUAAUAACAACAUAAUUGAAUUUAUUAAAGAAUGUUUUUAAGUAAACAUUCAGUAGUAGCAGCACUUGGUCACUUUAGGAAGUGUGUGUGCAAAUGUUGGUGGAGGUUGUAAUAGCAGGUGCACCUAACCCUACAAUAUUCUCUGAUGCCAUUGGCAGGGUUCCUACGCAGUAUGGAAAACCUGGAAAAGUAUGGAAUUUGAUUUUAGUAAUUUCCAGGUCUGGAUAAGUAUGGAAAAAAGAAACAAGGGUAUGGAGAAAUAUUUAUGUUUCCAGACUAUUGCAUCAACAGUAAUAAUCACUUCACUCAGUGAACUAUUCCUACUGUUGUGUAACUUAACUGUCAGUCCACAUCGUCAAGAUACAAUUAUGUGGGGGUCCUCCAAUUCUCUCCAAACAAGAGGACCCUGGCACCAAACCACUGAGAGAACCACUGGUCUAUGCAAGUGCCCUACACCAUUGUGCACUGAUAGUGAACAUCAAGUCAUGGGAGACAAACCUUUGUGGGAACAGAUAGGCUCUCAGUUCGUGCAGCUGUAC